AUGGGAAGCAUCAUAUGCGCGCGCCGUGCCGCGAAGACGGUGCAGGGCUCUCAUGUGUUCGAGAUCUCAGGCUACAGCCUGCAACGGGAGCGCCUCGCGGUGUCCAGCAGAUCGGCCGUGUUCACCGUCGGAGGCUACGACUGGCAAAUUCACUUCUUCCCCGGUGGAGUCAUCGAUUGCUGCAAAGACUACGUGGCGGCGUACGUCUUCUUAGAGAGCAAGAACAAGGACAUCAGCGUGAGGGCAUCCUUCCAGCUCAGCCUGGUGGACGUCACCGGGUCUGCGCCGCCGCGUACCUUGACAACGGGGGCAACAGAGCUGAAUACCACCGAUAAAACAUGCGUCGGCCUUCACAAGUUCAUGAAAAGAAGUGAGCUGGAAGGGUCGCCUUACCUUCGCGAUGAUCGCCUCACCAUCGAGUGCGUCGCGGAGAUCGCCCUCGUCAACGAUGUGAAGUCGAUUGCUAAGGUGCCGCCUUCCGACAUCGCGGAGCAUCUUGGAAAGUUGUUGCGGGAGAAAGAUGGCACCGACGUGGUUCUCGAGGUUGAAGGAGAGGCUUUUCCUGCCCACAAGAUCGUGCUCGCAAUGCGGUCGCCCGUCUUCAAAGCGGAGCUGUAUGGUGAGAUGAGAGCAAAGGACAUGAGUUGUAUUACCAUCGGUGACAUGCAGCCCGCUGUGUUUGAGGUCCUGCUCCAUUUUAUAUACAAUGAUUAG